CGCGGAGCCGGUUCCCUGGGAGGCUCUGGCGGCUGUAGCUGAGGUUUCACCCCUUUGGGUUUUCCAGCCAGCAAGUACUUCUGAGAGCGUGGCGGGGUCUCCGGCCACAAGCUCAGUUCCGGUCAGCCAGGCAGCGGAACUGAGGAGGCAGAUUGGAGGGGGCGGGAGGUGGCGUAGAACGAAAAAGGGACUUGGGCCGACGACCUUUUCGUCCCAGGAGGUGAGAGUGUAAUCAGAAGCCCUGCGCUGCGGCGCCUGUUGCCCGGCAACCUGCAGACGCGGGCCUGGACUGUCCAGACUGUCCUGUCUAAAGCUUUCUGAAUGCGGUUUUUGGAGGAAUCGCGCUAGUUGAUACCUUUUCCAACUCUUCUAACUCUGGACCUCUUCUUACCGAGCUUGUUAGGUGAAAUCAGGCUGACUGUCUCUUGUGCCCCUCGCCUGUCUUGUCCAGGAAUCCCAGUUAGGUAGGGGAUGAGGAAUUCCUUCUGCUACACUGCAGUAUACUGCAUGAUAAAUACAGGAACUCAAAUGGAUUUAGAGGUUAAAGGAGUUGCUGCCACUUCUAGGAGCCAAAUUCAGCCAUUCUUUGGAAGAAAGAAGCCUCUACAACAAAGGUGGACUUCUGAGUCAUGGACAAACCAGAAUUCUUGCCCACCAGUGGUCCCACGACUUGAUUUGGGAAGCCUUGUUGACUCUGAUGAUGAGGACAAUUUUUCAUAUAUUCCACUUAGUACAGCAAACCUGCCAAAUUCAUCUUCUACUCUUGGCUGGGUCACACCAUGUCAAACUCCAUAUACUCAGUAUCAUCUAAAUAAAUUGGAUCAGAACAUAAUACCUGAAAAUUUGCCAGCACCAACAGACAAAUAUAAACUAAAAUAUCAGCAAUGUAAAACUGAAAUUAAAGAGGGCUAUAAGCAGUAUAGUCAGAGAAAUGCAGAAAAUACAAAAUCAAAUGUUACACAUAAACAGUCUCCAAGAAACAAGAUAGAUGAAAAGUGUGUGCAAGACGAAGAAGCCAACACAGAUGACCUUACGACUCUGGAUAGGAAAGCCCUCUUACAGCAAGGUUAUGCAGACAACCCUUGGAAUAAACAACAGAGGGCAAGAAAAUUGGAUGCAGAAAUUGUGGCUGCAGAGAAGAAGAAACAGAUUGUUGCAGAGCAAGUGAUGACAGACCACUUAUCUAGGGCUGUAAUCAGUGAUCCAGAACAAAAUUUAGCCAUUGAGCAAAAAGAAAGUGAUCAUAUCCUUCCAGAUUCAAAGAUGACACCUCUUCGAUUUAGAAAAAGAACACUACAUGAAACAAAGAUAAGAACUCAUUCUACAUUAACUGAAAAUGUGCUUUCUCAUAAAUUACAGUUUGAUGGUAGGAUCGUAUCACGUAAUGGACGUGAUGCUUGCAGAGAGCUAAUUGGGUUCUUUUUCACUCAUGACCAAUCCCUUACAAUUUAUGAAUAUCGACAAUUUGGGAAAAAUAGAACAAAUGUGCUUCCUUUUAUUCAAAAAAGCAUUUAUAGUCAUCAGUGUGGACGAAGAAAAGGAAAACAAUACCGACUUGGUGAUUUUUAUGUUGGUGCAACCUUGACAUUUUUGAGUUCUGAUCAUCUCAGCCUUCCAGAAAGCAUCAAAGAAAACACAUUACUUAAACUCCGAAUCACAAAUAUUGAUCAAAUAGCUUUGGAUUCUCUCAAAACUGCUUCUAUGGAACAGGAGGAUGAUAUAAUCAUUCAAGAAACCAAUGAUAGGCUGGUCUUCAAAGCAAUUCAAGAUGUGCUAAAAGAAAAACUACAUAAAAGAGGUGUUCGUAUUUUGACUGGAUUGGGAAAAUAUUUUCAACAGUUGGACAAGGAAGGAAAUGGACUUUUAGAUAAGGCAGAUUUUAAGCAAGCUCUAAAAGUGUUUCACUUAGAAGUGUCUGAAAAGGAUUUUGAGUCUGCAUGGCUAAUUCUGAAUGACAAUGGCAAUGGCAAGGUUGAUUAUGGAGAAUUCAAACGUGGUAUUAUUGGUGAAAUGAAUGAAUACAGGAAAUCAUAUGUUCGAAAGGCCUUUAUGAAACUGGAUUUCAACAAAAGUGGCAGUGUGCCUAUUAUAAACAUAAGAAAAUGUUACUGUGCUAAGAAGCAUUCUCAAGUAAUUUCAGGCCAUUCAACAGAGGAAGAAAUCAAAUCAUCCUUUCUAGAAACAUUAAAAGUUGCCUGCAGCAAGUCUGAUGAAGUGUCAUAUGGUGAAUUUGAAGAUUACUAUGAAGGUUUAAGUAUAGGAAUAGUAGAUGAUGAAGAUUUUGUUAACAUCUUACGUACUCCAUGGGGGAUUUAGUCUUUAAUAAUACAUAUGUCAUCAACACUAAGCAUUUUUUUGGAGAGAUGAUAUCAAUGUAAAGGAUGAUCAAACACUGGAAUAUAUUUUCCUAGGACUUCCUUUAUUCUGGUUUUUUGUUUGUUUGUUUUGUUUUGUUUUGUUUUCUCAAAAACGUUGAAUUUGGAAAGAACUAUCCAGAAGGAUAGAUGUAGGGGUGUGUUAGUGUUUGUGCAUGUGUAUGCCUGCUCACAUGUCCUUACAUUUGUAAAGAUAUCUUUUUGGUUUAUUACUUAUCUUGCAUAUAUUUUAGAGGUCAUUUUUUAUUAACUUCAGUAGGAAAGUUACAUCUGCAUCAAACAAUAUGGCAACAUCUAUUUAUUAACCAAGUUUCCUGUCCUUUCACAUUGUUUUUUGCUACCUCUUCCUCAGAAUAUAUUUGCCACCAUAGUCAAUUUGAUAAAUUAGAAUUGGGCCCAAAGCCAGUGAAAUAAUUCAAUGUGUUUUUAACACAUGAAAAUAUUAAAGGAUAUGCAAGAGAAAUUUUUCAAGCAGUGUGAUUAUAGAUGUUUUCUGUAUAUAGAAUAUUUCGAAUGAUGGAGGUUUACCCCAUGAUGCUCAUUUAAAUACUGACUUGUCUUUUAAAUCUGUCUUCUAAAUUAUGUACUGUUGUUGGUUAAAUAGAGCACAAUGUAGUUAUUCUAAUGCCCAGUUGUAUUUGUUCUUUUAUUCUGUUUUUUAACUGUAAUCCUUUUUACCAGCAUACGAUUGUUAUUGAGCAAUAUGAAAGGGAAAUGUUCUUUAUUAAAAUCAAUACAUUAUCUUAUUAAACAAAGAUCCUAAAAGUAUAUUGUUGCAUAUAUGAAUCCAAGGAAUAGUUCAGUAAUUAUUGCCUAAAAUGUGAAAGCAUAUUUUAUAUCCUAAAAUGAAUGUAUGAUAUUCUAAACAUCUGUUUUAGUAUAACAAACAAUUGAAACAUUUCCUUCUAAAUAUAUGUUAUUUAAUAGUUACAUGUAUUAUAAUCAUUCUUUCUGAAUUAUUUGCUAGUCAUUUCUUCCUGGGAAUACAGAGAAAAGAGACAACUUUAUGAGUUGUUUUCAACUUCAUAAUUUUAAAUUUUCUAUGUUAAUAUAACAUAAAUUAGAAAAAUAAGUGAUUCAAAAUGAAAAUAUUUACUUUGUAGAAUAUGACUUUAGACAUAUCACUGUAUCCAUCUAUACUUGGCAGCAACAUGAGAAGUGUGAUACAUGUGAACCCAACAAAUUCAAAGUUGCACUUUUCAAGAUGUGAGAAGGUACUAAAACUUAAUACUAAAACAUGAGAGGGAAAAUAUGUGUAAACCUCUAGUGCUAUUUUCACUGGCUAAAUUCUUUAUUUCUUGAUUUUUUUAAAAAUUAGGUUAUUAAAAUUAAAACAGUAUGCUAGAAGACAUUUUGGCAGAAAUAAGUCUAUAACACUAUUUUUGUCACAUAUCUUUUUCUUGGAAAAAUUUAUCCAACUAUAGACAUCUUAAACCCUACAAAUUGUUCUUGUUAAAAAUGACUAAUACUGGGGGUGCUCAAUAUGCAUAUAGUGUUUUUCAUUGAUAAUUUUUAUUUAGUUCUUAAGAAACCUGUUCUUAAUGUUGGCAUGUCACGUUUUUCUGUUACUAUAAUCAGAAAAUGUAUAGUCUGUUAUACUGUAAAAAAAAAGGGAAGCUACUUUUGGAAUGUAACGUGUUAACAUGACAGCAUACUCUUAGUAUUAAUCUUAAUCUUCCUAACAUAAGCAUUCACAUGUGGUUAUUUGUAGGAAAUAGCUCUAUUUAUGAGAUUUUUUUGGUGUAUUUUGUUAGAACCGGUGACACAGUAAAUCAUUCUGCUUUUGGAUUUGCCUGACUGCCUGCAUUCUUCUUUGAUUUUGGUAUAGUAAAAUCUGUUAUUUUGUGUUAAACUUAAUAAAAGAGCAUUUAAGAGAAGUGACAUUUCAAACAUCCACAACACAACUGACUUUUGAAAUCCUAUGCUUAAUAGUCUUUGUAAUUCUAAAAGACCUUUUGAAAAUGUUAAAAUAUUAAAUUAUAUGUUGUAAUGCUGUUACAUGAAUUUUAUAGUUAUGUAUAUUUUAUAGAUCUCUAUGUCUUUGUAAGUUACUUGCUUGUAUGCUAUAUAAUUGCUUUCUCAGUUAACCAUACUGUUUAUGGAAUUGUAUAUACUGAUUUUUCUGUUUUUAUAUUUUAAAUAUAAAAGUUGAGAAUUUUAAGGAAAAACAUUUUAUUAAAAAGACAAGGUAUAUUAUAUAGGAAUUUUAAGCUAACUUUUAAUGGAAAGGACAUACAUAUUUGCAUGAUGGAGCAAUUAAUUAUAGUUAAAAAUGUAUGUCCCUGUUUUAAAUUUUAUAGUAUAUAAAUAUAUGUGCUAAUGAACCAGCGACUCUGCAUAGAGGCAGUCACUUAGAGUAAUUAAUAAUCUUGAUACAGCUGUAGAUCAUAUCUUAUUUUACAUAUUACUUUUGACUUCCAGUUUAAGUUGUUUGUUAUCAAGUAUUUCAGGAGAGAAUUGUGUACAUUAGGCUAUGUUUACUGCAAAUAAUGUAACAUGCUUUUAUGAGAUUAUAGUUUGUAGUGCUUGCAAAUAUAAAACAUGUACCCUGAUAAACUAUAAUCACUACUUGGUUUACCAGCAAGGACAAACAUGAAAGUGCUUAAAAAAAAAGAAAGCGCUUAAAACAAAGAAAUAGAAAGUAAUGGGCAUAUAUAAAAUAAGCCAAGCAAGAGAAGAGCAAAGACAAUCUGCAGGGUGGACAUGGAUGUAUUCGUUUCUGAUCAUGAGAAGAAGCUCUUGUCAUAUCCUUCCAUUUUUAUUUUAAAGUUCUAUAAACUUCUGAGGUAAACUGAUUUCUUGGAUGUACUUAAUAAAGAAUAAAUGCUUCAUAUUGGA